UUUUUCUUGGCUGAUUGCCGUGUAUAAAUGGAAGCUAAUUGGACCGACUGUUUAAUUAUAAAUUAUCUAAACAUAUCCCUCAUGUGAAUCGUUUUCAAGCAAAGCCAAGCUCUCACCACGUUGAGUGGUCGGUGUCAUUAAACAUUAUCUGUCAUACGGAUACAUCAUAAAAAAUGUGAAAUCUUAUUAAGCAUUAGAGAGUGUUUCCCUAUCGAUGAGAUAAAAGUUCUGAGAGUUGAUUACCACGCGAGAGAAUGCCUAGGAAAUAUUUCUAAUGUUUGCAAGUCUACAGAAAUAAACUUUAGCAAUACAAGUUUGAUGAUUGCAUAUAUAUUCAAAACACAAUCGUUUCUGGAAUAUAUGUUUACUCAAAUACCUUCGUUGUUUGCAUACAGUUAAAAUAUUCUCGUUUAUUGGAAGUAAGUGCUUACUUUUUAAAAAACGCGAAUGGUACUAUUAAUAACUAAAACAAUGACCAGCUAGUUCAAGUGUAUGGAAUAUAUGCUUUUGUGCUUUUAGAAUAAACGUAAUGGGUUUGACAUGUUUGUUCAAUAAAAGAUAAAGAGGAGAUAGUAUUAAUGAACGAUUAUCACAGUCGUAACCUCCUCUGGAAUUGAAUCUAACGCGAUAUUUUGUUAUAUUCAAAAUGUAUCACGUCUUGGGAAAAUAGAAAUGUUUGUUUACUUUAACUAACUCUUAGGCAGUCAGUAUGACUGUGACAAAAUGAGUCAAAAUAUAUGCACCAAAUCAUGGAAAAUGGAGAUAUAGUUCCGAUAAUUGGCAGGAAUAAUGCGGCGUGCUAUGAGAACCCGCUAUUCGAAGAGGAAGGAACGGUGAUAAAUGAUACACAGACCAAAUUACACAGACAGACGGACGGUCUUCGAACAAAGCCUUACGAUCUACCAAAUGCUGCUCAAACCUCGGUACAUUAUAGGCCAAGUAAACCUAAAAGAAGGAAAGGACUAUAUAUCUUAGGACUAUUGCUAGCAUUGGUUGCAAUAAUUGCUAUUAUAACAAUAAUAAUAGUAGGUCAAAGAGAUGAUUCGUCGACAGAACCGUCCAAACAAGGAGAUAAAGCUGGCUCUUCCAGAGAACCGUCCACGCCGAUUGUACGACCUAGUACUGUUCGGCCGACGAAAGAAAAUGUUGUUUGGUUCCAGACCAAUUUCAUUGAAGGAAGUUUGCGGAUUAUUCAGGGGCCUUUUUCUUCUUAUAAAGACGAAUAUAGUGACAAGUCAUCAACAUCCUACUCCCUAUUUUCAUCAUCAUUCACAUAUCAGAUAAAUAACAUAUUAACAAAUAGUGAACUAGGUGCAUCAUUUUCUCAUAUUGAAAUUUUAGAUAUAAGCUCAGGAAGCGUGCUAGUACACUUCAUCCUUCAUUUUCGUAGAAAUAUAGAUAUAUACUCUACCACAUCUAGAAACGUCGCUGGAUUACUAAUAGAAGGCCUGAGUGAUAGUUUGUUUAUUAUUGACAAACAAUCUGUUACUUUUCAACUUAAAGAUCCUGCUUUAUCUGUGAUAACUACCUCAAAGCCGGGAGUAUGUGUUCCGGUGUCCUCCGCAAACUGCAUGAAUUUUUCAAGCUGGGAUUUCACAAGUUAUCCCAAUUUUCUUGGACAUAGAAGUCCAGUGGAAGAGGCUGCUGCAGAAGCCGCACAUGAAGAAUUAUUUCAGAUAUCUUGCGGAAAAGAUUUUUGGUGCGCAGUCUUCAAUCCCAAGUGCAAACGUAACAAGACGGUUCCCCCUUGCAGAGCAUACUGUAAAGUUGUGUUUAGUUCCUGCGGGGCAAUGUACACUCAAUCAAAUAUUAGUUCUUUACUAAACUGUGAUGAUCUGCCCGACUCUGACGAUCCGAAUGUAUGUUUUCGUGAUCCAUUCAAACCGGGAAAAUGUUUUACAAACAAUGAGACAAGAUGUCAGGACCUUGGGUAUAACAAAGUUGCGUUUCCCAACUUUGCUGGAAUGAGAAGUCCAUACCAAGCCCAAGAGUUGAUACACUUAAUGGAAAUGAUAGGUGGCGCAACAAAAUGUUACAAAUAUCACCUGUUGUUUGCUUGUACAUCACUGAUGCCAAAGUGUUCUGGCACAGGCUUAGUUCCAUAUCAUGCCAUUCCUCCGUGCAGAAGUCUAUGCAACGCAUUUAAGUCCCGUUGUUCAAUAUUCAUGGACAUUUUCUGGUAUCCCUGGCCUAAAGAACUAUACUGUGACAGCUUCCCUGAUGUAGACGAUCCAAACAUAUGUCUAGGCUACAAAACUGCACAUGAACCUCCUACUAUUGAAGAAUGCCCUGCUGGAGAGGACAGAUGUGACAAUACAAGAUGUAUACCAUACGCAUGGAAAUGCGAUGGUUUUCCUGACUGCCAAGAUGGUUCCGAUGAAAAGUCCAUACAAACAACGCUUCCACUGAGGAAAUGUGUAAAUUGUCCAGCCGGAAUGUUCAGAUGCUCGUAUGAGUCAGCAAUCUGCAUUGAGUCAAGCAGCCGAUGUGAUGGUGUUGAAGAUUGUCCAACAGCAUCUGAUGAAAGGGGAUGUCUGAAACUAGAUGAUGGUGGCAGACAAGGAAUUGUGACAAUGUACAGUUCAUCAGCCAACGAUCAGAUUCCCAUUUGCAGUAUUGGUUGGACAAAGGACAAAUCUGACAUCGUUUGUUCACAAAUGGGAUACAUUGACAGUACUUCUCAAAAGUAUGUAAAUUCAGUAUCGAAUGGGUACUUUAGCCUAACAUCGGCAAGAAACGGGUCCAAGCCAGAGUACAUCGGGUCACAACUUAAACUGACUAACACUUGUGUUGGAGGUACUGUUGUUUCAAUUUCAUGCGGGUUACCUGUGUGUGGAACUAGACCGGCCUACAUACACCAAUCCCUCCGUGUUGUCGGUGGUGCUAUUGCAGACCCGAAUGCAUUUCCAUGGCAGGUGGCAAUAUUCGGUGGGGCUGACCAUAGGUACUUCUGUGGAGGAACAAUCAUUGCAGAGAAUUGGGUACUCACGGCCGCACAUUGUAUUGGAGGACUCCAGAACCCUAAUGAAUUAUUAAUUAGAGCUGGACAGCCUCGCCGAGACACCUAUUCCCCAUAUUUGCAAGAAUUUCAUCCGGCAAAUUUGUUUGUACAUAAGUUAUACAAUUCCCAUACAGUCGAUAACGAUAUUGCAUUAAUUCGUCUGAAAGAAAAGGUGCUUUAUAAUGAUCACGUGAGACCAAUAUGUCUACCUAAGACGGCUAAGAGAUUGCCAGUCGGCACAAGAUGUACUGUUAUAGGUUGGGGAAGACAGGGAGACAGAGCACCUGAUUACGAGCGACAAAUUCGUCAAGUAAACUUGGAAGUUACAGACUGGAAAAAAUGCAAGCAUGCCAUAGAAAAUGCCGAAAUCCAGGUGCCAUAUCAGCUCACCGAUCAUAUGUUUUGUGCAGGAGGAGGACUCGGGCAUGAUUCUUGUGCUGGGGAUUCUGGUGGACCACUGCUUUGCAGCUUAGAUAAAUCAAAAGAUACGUGGUAUGAAGCUGGAAUUGUGUCAUGGGGUGUUGCCUGUGCGUACCCCAAUGUUCCUGGUGUAUACACAAACCUUCCUGGUUACUUGGACUGGAUACGGAACACAACAGGCCUAAGUUAUUUAUAAUAAAUAUGUAGAUAAUCACUGUUUGGGGAUACAGUAACCUAUAUAACAAACAAUCCGAUAUGAGUAAAUAAAUUUGAUAAAUUCGAGGACGCAUGACAUAAAUGGAGUGGGUUAUCCUUGAUAUAGUGAACAUAGACAAAGUAGUACCAGAUAUGUUUGCUGUAUAACACUUAACUUGGAGGUACAGGAGAAGGGACAUCAGUUGGUUUGCAGUGUAGCUAAGUUGUUAUGAACUGCUUCAAUUAGACCAUCAAUGUUUGCGUGUGAAUGCACUUAGCAACUCUGAGUGUUGACAUAAAGAAUAGUAUCUUUAACUAAAAGAUGUAUUCGGUAUCUGAAAUGUACAGUUUAACUAGGGCAAAUGGCAUAUAGUCUGUAAAUAGACAUAUACUAACAGUAAUAUGCGUAAUGGACAGUGUGAAUGUUUCAUGGAACUGUAGGUAACAGUCGAGAGCUAGAACAAAUGUUUACUACGAUAGAUGUUUAUUUUCAUUAUAAUAUUUUUCCAUGCAUUAUAGGCAUUAUAUAUCUAUUAUUCUAUCUUUGAGUAUGUCUGUUAAUAACAAUGUAAAAUACUCAUCGGUAUAGAACAAAUGUGGUAAUAUUACAAUUCCAAUAAGUCACCUCCAGGUGACAAUAUUGUAUGUAAUGUGUAUGUGUGCUAUAGACUUUUUUCAGUAACCAAAGUGAUCAUGUGUCUUGGACAAUAUGUAACUAUGUAAGUGAUUAUAUUAUUACUCGACCGUUGUGGUACAUCAUUGUUCCUUACCAUGCAUUCUUCUCUUGCCCAGAAAUUAUUGCUUACUGGGUAGUUAUUCAAAAAGCCGGUUAGGGGGAACGACAGCCCUGAUAUGACCACAGAUAUGUGUUAAAAUCGCCUUGCUCAUGAUUUUGCAACAUCAUACCUGUAUACGAGCAUUUUUGAUUAAGAAUAACUUUUGUCUAGUUGGAUGGAAAUUUCCAAAAUGUAUACAUAUAGGAAUAAAUUUUCAUUCACAAAUUCAAUUGAUAAGAAACCAUAACUAUAAUUUGAUUAGAAUAAUAUAUGCAUUGGUAUUUCUUUACUAGUUUUGUAUCUGUGAGGUAUGUAUAUCAUUUUGGCACAAAGAGGAAGUAAACUACCUAUUAUUUAUUUGAUCAUGGAAUAGGUUAAAGGCAUGGGGGUCAACGACAUGAUAAAGAUGGCCAUGAAAUUAUGAAUAAAUUCUCAAGCGGUACUCAAUUUUCAAUUAAUACUAUCUUUUAAAAUUCUGAGUAUCUUUUACAAGCUAAAUAAAGCGUUCUAUAUACAUUAUACUCGCGUAAAUCAUUACCUCAUACAUGUAAUAUAUAUUAUACCAUUAAUUUAUAUUUCAUUUAAUUGUAUUCUAUUUUCGUUUAAUUGAAUAAAUUCAUCCACGCCUACAUGCUCUGUCAAUCCGUUUUUCUGAGAUAUGACUGAGAGUUUUGGCGUGACAGUGAAACAAAUAGGUACAAUGCAAUUUUGUUGUUAACUGCAUUUAUAUACAACUAGAUGUUUGUCACUUGAACAUGUCAUUACCUGAUAUUGUUAUGUUUUAAUAUAUAUUCAUGUAUAUACAUGUACAUGUUACCAAAGAAAUAUCAUUACGUAAUUUCAGUAAGUAUUUACACUUGCUUUAUCAUCAAAUAAAUGAUAUUUUGAAUAUGUUUCGAGCUGGACCAUUCUGUAUUAUAGUUUUCGAUGUUGUUAGUUUAAACAAGAUUAUAUAUUCACAUAUAAUCAAGAUAAUUUUAGAGUUUGAUACUAGUUAAUGAUUCAGUAUGCGUUAUUCAGACGGACAAGCGAACAUGUGCUUAUAUUUGCGUCCGAAUACUAGUAUUUAGUGAUAGGUGUAUCCAAUGCAUUAUUUGUAAUUACUAAGAUGUGAAAGAGUGAAAAUAACCUACCUAUAUAGAUACAAGAUACAAUUCAUUGUGGUUUAGCUAGUGAUGUGCAGUUAAUGGGAAAAUGUACAUCAAUAAUGUAUUUCCGCUUUGUGUUGUUAUAUAACAUCAUCAUAUCAUUGUUAAUACUCAUAAAUCCAACAACUUGUUAUUACUUAUUAUUGUUUAAUUCUGAUCUUUCAUGUUUGCGUUGUACAAAUAUUAAAUAUAUUAAAUUUAUCAUACCUUA